CCGCGAGAUUCUUGCCAUUCAUCAACUAAAUAAAAGGCUUCCAACUAAAAAGUGAGAGUAAUAAACAAUGAACGUGCAAACGAGACAUCCUUAUGAGGGUUUGCUGCACAAAUAUACAAAUGCCAUGAAGGGUUGGCAGUAUCGUUGGUUUAUUUUGAGCCCAGAAACCGGCGAGCUGCAUUACUUUCUCAGCGAGUCUGAGAAGAAUCAGAGACCACGGUGUUCGAUAUACCUAGCAGGAGCUGUAAUAGCCCCCAGUGAUGAAGAUUCUAACACUUUCACUGUGAAUUCUGCUACUGGUGACAUGAUAAAAUUACGGGCCACAGAUGCACGAGCACGUCAGGAAUGGGUGGAUAAGUUACGAGCAGUCACAGAAAUGUAUACUAGAGCGAUAGCCAGCAGCCAUCCUCCAUUACCACCACGAGAACAUUCUGGGAAUUCAAGUAGAAAUCCUGUCGUUAAACUGGAAGUGUUGGAUGCCUUUGCCAAUUGCCAGGAACAAUUAAGAAAGGUGGAGAAGCACAAUCUUGCCCUAGCACAAUCUAUUGAAAACUCGGAUUUGCAUCUGGACUCUGAUCUCUUAGUUCUCAAAGCUAUGGCGCAUACCACUUUGCACACACUGAGCCAAUGUCUUAACAUAUUAUAUCAGUAGGAAAUUAAUCAUACAUUUUUAUGCUUGUCAUAUUGAGAUUUUUAUACCUGCGAAUAUGUAAAAUUAUCUUCUCCGU